UCCAGACAUUUUCUAGAAUACAUCUGUGGUAAAACAGAUGUUUCACCAUCUAUUCAAGAUGUCACAGAUCCAGACAUUCAGAAUGUGCUUCAGGAGAUAGUGUCAUCCACAUCUUUGUCAAUCCUGAGAGACAUCAUGGCAAAACACAGCACAGUGCUCCUUUUGGCUGGAUGUCUUCAUAGCAUAAAAGACAUCGGAGAGAGAGAAAGUGUUGUGCAAGAUUUUUUAAAAUGGUACCUCUUUUCAAGAAAUGCUGCAUGCAUUGAAAGAUUCAAAGAUGGAUUGUCAACCCUCAAUGUGCUUCAGAAAAUUAUAGAAAGUCCAUCAGCGUUUGAACCUUAUUUGUGCUUCAGUACUCAAAGUCUCAGCUCUGAGCUCAUUGAAAGCAUCUUCAGAGUUGAAUUUAGUGUGGCGGGUAGCAACAAGAGACGCGAAGAAGGAAGGAUAGCAUCUUACUGGGCAGAUUAUCUGCUAGAUAUUGAAGGUAACAUCUCGUCUACAGAUCCAACUUUAGAAGAUAUUGUCAUGUUUGCAACAGGACUGAAGAUGAUUCCACCACUGGGAUUUGAGCCAAGGCCAACAAUAAAAUUCCUGCAUGAUAAUUCCCCGUUUCCAACUGCCAACACUUGCAGCAAUACAUUAUGCUUGCCACUACAUUCAUCAUAUGACAGUUUCAAAUUUCAUAUUAGCUUUGGAAUUUUGAAUUCUCCAGGCUUUGGGCUUUAUUGAUCAACAAUUUGUUUAUCUUUAAAUGCAAAAUGCUGUUUAAUUGAAAGGCAAUUUAUUGAUGUUGGCUGACUGUUUUAUUAAUAAGGUUGACAAUAUAAAUGAAGUAUUUUGCA